CACUUCGACUACAACUACCACAACUCCCGUGCCUCUCUUUCUCGUCACAACAUAUUCCCGAACAAUGGCGGCAAAACUGGAAGAAGACAGCUCGGAGCUGUACGAACGCUGCACCAACGCCGCCCUCAACUCCCCGGAAGGACGCGCCAAAAUCUUCGGCCAGGAUGAAUUGCUCAAGAUGGGUGUCGUGGAUACCGCACAAGCCCUGCUGGAACUGCUGCAGGGCUUGAUGGAUGCGCAAUUGGUGCGGUUGAUGCAGAUGGAUGGAAAGAUUUGCUAUGCUUUGCGCAAGAAGGAUGAUGCCGCAAAGAUUGUAACCCUCAACGACGACGAACGCAUGGUCUACAACCAAAUCGAAAACAGCGGCACCAACGGCACCUGGACAAAGACGAUCAAACAACGCACCAACAUCCACCAAACCACCGUCACCAAAGCCAUGAAGACUCUCGAGAGCAAGAAGCUCGUCAAACCCGUAAAGUCCAUCAAAAACCCCGCUCAGAAAAUCUACAUGCUACACCACCUCUCGCCAAACGAAGAUGUCACAGGCGGACCUUGGUUCAGCGACGGAGAACUGGAUGUGGAGCUCAUCGCCAUCACCGCCGAAGCCGUAAUCCACUUUAUCGCCCAAAACAGUUGGAAGACCGUCUACAUCAAGCGCGAACCCACUCCGGAAACCAACAGCAUCUCCGCAGACGGCACCACAAAAAAGAGAAAGAGAAAUGAUGCCGGAGAUAUCGAAGGCGCACACCCAAAGUCAAGAAGAUCAGGCGGCUACGAAACACAAAUCUCCUAUCCAGCAGGAUGGCGCCACUACCCAACCCUCUCUGCAAUCCACCACUUCAUCAUCGAAGCCAAUUUCCUAAAGGAAGGCGGCAACCUCGCCGAAUCUGAUCUUCAAAAUCUGUUGGACGUGCUCAUCUUUGACGAACGUAUCGAAAGAAUUGGAAAUGGAUACAGGACUUGUAAAGGUGUGUAUGGACCUACAGAAGCCAUGAAGAAUAUUUCGCAGGGAAGAGCGGCGGGAGAUGCGGUCGAGGAUGAGGAGGGUAAUGGCUUGAGUCAGGCGCCUUGUGGCAGGUGUCCUGUAUUCAACCUAUGUGAGGAUGGCGGUCCCGUCAAUGCGAAGAAUUGUGAGUAUUUCCAGACUUGGUUGAGGGCAUGAUUGUUCUCCUUCUUCUGGUCUACGAUCUGCUUGACUUCUGGCAUCUUUUCCGGCAUUCGGCUUUGGCGCAAAACAGGUGGAACAACCUCUUGCAUCUCUCUCGGCGUUUCCUCUUUGCUCUUUUUCUAGCAUCAUACUCCCCUUUCCCGCGCUGCUCAAGUGCUGACAGCGCAUGCGUAUAUCCAUAUCUCUUUACAUCCUUUUUUGCAUCAUUUCUCUCCCCAUCAAUGAGCAUCAGAACCAAAUCAAAUUCCUCGUUCCAC